AUGGAAGGAAACCCCCUAUCGUGCACAGAAGUGACGGCCAAAUGCCCCGUACAGGCCUCGAUCUAUGGAUACUAUCCUAACCUCCCGAUCAAUGCUGCCCUGGCCGCCCUCUUUGGCAUCCUCAUGCUUAUCCAAGGAUGGCAGACGCUCAAGUACAAGACCUACAGCUACAGCUUUGCCAUGACCGUCGGCUGUCUAGGUGAAGUUAUAGGCUACAUUGGCCGAAUUAUCCUGCAUGAUAACCCCUUCUCUUCGACCGGCUUCCAGAUGCAGAUUACCACCCUGAUCAUGGCUCCGGCCUUCUUCAGUGCAGCCAUCUACCUGACCCUCAAGCACCUCUGUCUCGCCCUAGGGCCGAAUCUCUCCCUUCUCAAGCCCCGUUUCUACACCUGGAUCUUCAUCGGCGUCGACCUGCUCUCCCUCACCCUGCAGGGAAUCGGCGGUGGUCUCGCUGCCACGGCAAAGAGCAACAAGGCCCAGCAGGACGCCGGCACCAACGUCAUGAUUGCUGGUAUCGUCUGGCAGGUCUUUACCCUGACCGUCUUCGGCUUUCUGGUCGCGCACUUCUUCUGGCGUCUCAGGAGCGAGAGGAGACACACGGCCAACCCGACUGCGAAGCAGCUCUGGGGCAGCAGGAAGUUCAAGCUCUUCCUCGGAAGUACCACCAUCGCCUUCCUCUUCAUCUUCAUCCGAUGCGUCUACAGAAUUGCCGAGAUGGUCGGAGGCUGGAGAAACGAGAUCAUGCAGGAUGAGGUCUCUUUUGUCGUUCUCGAGUCAUUCCUAUGUCUGGUCGCUGCCAUGCUCAUGACGGUCUUCCAUGCCGGAGACUGCUUCCCACAGAUGAGAAGCGACUUUGUGGCUGCCAAAUUUGCCGACUCGCUGCCCUUGUCUUCUACCGAUACAUCUUAUAUGGCUGUUCACAAGCAGCCGUUGAUGCCUGGCGAGGAUCACUAA